AUGUCCGGAAAAUUGCUGCUCACCGACGAUGUGGCGUACAAGGCCCUCGCAGAACACUACGCGUCCGCCGGUUCGUCGCUGAACAUGAAGAAUUUGUUCGCCUGUAACAGUGACCGUUUCGACAAGUUCAGCUUACGAUUAGCUACUCCAAAUGAUGGUGACGUAUUACUUGAUUAUUCAAAAAAUCGUGUAGAUGAAAAAACUUUAGAUUUAUUGUUUAGUUUGGCAAAAGCUCGUAAAGUUGAAGAAGCUAGAUCAGCUUUGUUUGGUGGUGAGCGAAUCAAUGUAACAGAAAAACGACCUGUGUUGCAUGUAGCCUUACGUAAUCGGUCUAAUAAGCCAAUAGUAGUUGAUGGUCAAGAUGUUAUGCCAGAAGUUAACAGUGUUCUGGAGCACAUGAAAGAAUUCACUGAACAAGUAAUAUCAAAAAAAUGGGUAGGAUACACGGGAAAACCCAUUGAAGAUGUAGUCAACAUUGGUAUUGGAGGGUCAGAUUUGGGUCCAUUAAUGGUGACAGAAGCAUUAAAACCUUAUGCCGUAGGCCCCCGUGUUCAUUUUGUGUCUAAUAUUGAUGGAACACAUUUAAAAGAAGUAUUAAAGAAGGUUCAACCUGAAACUGUGUUAUUUAUAAUCGCUAGCAAAACAUUUACUACUCAAGAAACUAUAACAAAUGCAACUUCCGCUAAGAAAUGGUUUUUGGAAACUGCUAAAGAUGAAUCCAGUGUUGCUAAACAUUUUGUUGCACUCUCUACUAAUAAAGAGAAGGUGACCGAAUUUGGAAUCGAUAAAUGCAACAUGUUUGGUUUUUGGGACUGGGUAGGUGGACGUUACUCACUUUGGUCGGCUAUUGGUCUUUCAAUAUCCUUAUCUAUUGGUUUUGAAAAUUUUGAAUCUUUAUUGAGUGGUGCGCAUUUCAUGGAUCAACAUUUUGUGAACGCUCCAUUGGAGAAAAAUGCACCUGUUAUUUUGGCUUUAUUGGGAAUCUGGUAUCAUAACUUCCACGGUGCUGAAACGCACGCACUUCUUCCUUAUGAUCAGUACAUGCAUAGAUUCGCUGCAUACUUCCAACAAGGUGACAUGGAAUCUAACGGAAAAUCAGUUACUUUAAAUGGUACUCCGAUUUCAUCGUAUUCUACUGGGCCUAUUGUCUGGGGUGAACCAGGUACAAACGGGCAGCAUGCAUUUUACCAACUAAUUCAUCAAGGUACUCGUCUCAUACCUGCGGAUUUCAUUGCUCCUGCUGUCACCCACAGUUGUAUUAGUGAAGGAAUUCACCACCAGAUUUUGAUGGCUAACUUUUUGGCUCAAACUGAAGCACUCAUGAAAGGUAAAACUCCAGAUGAAGCACGCAAAGAGCUUGAAGGGUCGAAUUUAGACUGCGCUGAACUUGAAAAGCUAGUUGCACACAAAACAUUUUCUGGAAAUCGUCCAACCAACUCAAUUGUAUUCAAGCAAAUUACUCCAUUUACAUUGGGUUUAUUGAUCGCUUUGUAUGAACAAAAAAUAUUUGUCCAAGGUGUUAUUUGGGAUAUUAACUCAUUUGAUCAAUGGGGUGUUGAACUGGGAAAACAGUUGGCCAAAAAAAUUGAACCCGAACUUCAAACGCCAAACAAGAUUACAAGUCACGACUCGUCCACCAAUGGUCUCAUCAACUUUAUCAAAUCCAAUUGGUCAUAA